AUGGAUAUGGAUAUCAAUCACCUUACUGUUUAUAUCGAAGGUCUCCCUGCCAUGUUAUCAGACUAUUACGGCGUUCUCAACUAUUUGAUAGAUAAAAUUCCUGAAAUACAAACUAUUCAAUUCCCACGCUUAUUCUCAAAGAAUAAUGAUACCACUUAUAACUCUUUAGGUACCUACAGAGGUAUGGUCUUUGUCUCAUUCUGGAAUCCUCAAGAUGUCUCAUCUGUACUCGAUAAAUGGCCUUGGAUAGCUAGUCGUACAGAUAAACAAUCUAAGAAUCAUAUACGCUCCUUGUCAUUCACCCACUGGAAUCAACUCAAAGAGGAAUAUCUUGCAUUAUGCGAUAGAAUACGCAGUCAAAAUCAAUCCUACCGAGCUCAGUUGAAGUCUGAAGCGUCCAAACAAGAUGACGCUAAUCAAGACCACUUUGAUGCGAUGGAUGAGGACCGUGUGGAUCAGCCUGAUCAACCAUUAGCAACACAACGUCCGCAAUUUCCAAUCAAUUGUGUUCUCCAAAUCACAGAUCUCGAUCCAACCACCAACAAGCCAUCGAUACGAUCAGAUAUAUUGGGUGUCGUUGAUCAAAGUGAAUGCGCGUACAUUGAAUACGUCAAGGCUUUAUGUACAGCAGUAAUACGAUUCAACAAUGCAAACGCUGCUUUGAAAGCUCAGCAAGCACUCGGUGGUGAGUUGCUCAGUGGUAUAAGUCAAGUCAACUACUGGAAUAAUAUUCCUGAAAGACUGAGAAUACAGGCGAUGGAGAAAAGCGGUCAGUUGUCAGAACAUACUUCUGCGAUCGGUGAUGAUGGUUCGAAUGUCGAUUCCAAACAGCAAGCCGCCAAGAGCAAGCGGCGUAAGAGCAACAAAGGUGAUCUCAUCGCAAAUGAAAAUUAUGACCAGCAAAUUUGA